AUGCACACAUGUGAACCCAACACACACACGCUAUUAAGUCUCACCAUUUUGCUGAACUGUGACAUCUGUACCCACUUGGCUGAGAAAAUAGCAGAGCCUGAGGGCAGAAUAUCCACCUUCUUCCAGAUCCAUGAGGCUGAGAAGUUGUUGGCCACCAUUGUCCUUGAGCCAGCAAAAUCAGACACUGCUUCUGCCCGAUUACGUGACUCCACUGCUGGAGUGCACUCUUCCCCGGAGCCCGCUAUCCCUGCUUGCUCCCAUACCAUGGAUCCUCCUGCAACAGUAUGCAACUCUGACGAUACCAGGAUGCUAUUGGGGCUAAGGCUCCAGUAA